UCAGGUUGUCCCGAAGGAAAGGUGGGUCCACAUUGCGAUGUGACGUGCCACUGCAACGGCAAUCGGUGCCUUAAAGAUGGAUACUGCACCAAUGGCACGUCCUGUGCACCGGGAUGGUUUGGUCCGGCCUGCCAAUACCGUAAGUCUACUGUCAAACGAUGUUGUUGAUUUCCGGACACGCCAAUACAUAGGUCUGCUUUCAAUUCAGGAUUCUGUCCGUUGUCCCAAUUGCGCAAGUUUGCUUGUAAAUAAAUAGUUUGGUGCAGGUAGCCAACACUGUAAAUCUAUUUUAAAUUUUGAUGUUUCGUCCGGUCUGCCUAUAGCGUUAGUCUUCGGUCAAUAGAUGGUUUUGUACAAAAUGCCAAAAAUGUACGUCUUCUGUCAAAGGUGGUUGCAACGGACUGCCAACACAGUAAGUUUGCUCUCGAAUGAUGCCAGCCAAAAACUUAUUACGUCAAUAAAUAAUGUAUGUCUGUAUAUAAUGUGAUUUGAAGAACGUCAAUAUUCUCCCAGAAAAUAUGGCCUUUAGCGGACAAGGGUUAAGUCACGUGCUCAUUGACAGCGAUGAUAAGACUUGCUACAGAAACAAACAGAAAUCCGAGACAUUAAAGCUGCAGUCGUCGACACUCUUUACUUGGUUAAGAGUUGUCUUCCACAGUAAAGGUAGGUAACUGCGAUAGAGUUGGAAAGGGCUAAGUAAAAACGCUUCUGGGGAAAGAAAUAAAUGUAAACUAUAAAAACAAAAUAAUUAAAACUUAUUUUUUUUAAAAAUAUAAAUUCGCUUUUAAAACAUGUCAGCCUUAGUUUAAUUAAUUUGGUCAUACAUUUCUCAGCUCAAGUUUUUGGAGUAUCGAUAGAAAUUAAAUCUGGGGCUGACAGAGUUGCGACCAACUUGUCAUGCGGAACCUGGAGACACGCUGAAAAGACGCACUACAGCUUGGACAUCUUUUGUUCCAAGGAUCACGUUGUCGACAGCAUCAAGCUAACCUGGAAAGGUUACGGAAAUAUUUGUUCAGUUUACGUCAAUGGAGGUAAACAAUUUUAA